AUGGUGGGUCGCCGAGAGAAAGCGCAGUCUUUCUGCAAAUCGAGGGUCGGCGUUGCCAUAGCAAUCGGAGUCCUUCUCGGCUGUGUCUUCGCCUUGUGCUUCCCCAAUGGCUUUGUUUUUAUUUCCAAUCCGGCCCCUAUUCUCAAUCACCGCUUCGUCAAAUCCAUUGCUCAGGUUGGUUCUACCAUGUGUGAAUCAUCUGAACGGAUCAACCUGUUGAAAUCAGAGUUUGUGGCGGCUUCUGAGAAAAAUGCCAAGUUGAAGAAGCAGGUUAGGGAAUUGACUGAAAAGAUUCGGUUGGCGGAACAAAGGAAAGAUCAGGCAGAAAAACAGGUUCUUGUGUUAGGUGAUCAGAAGAAAGCAGGGCCUUUUGGUACUGUCAAAGGCUUAAGAACCAACCCUAGUGUUCUUCCUGAUGAAUCUGUGAAUCCAAGAUUAGCAAAGAUUUUGGAGAAAGUAGCUGUUAAUAGAGAGCUUAUAGUUGCACUUGCAAAUUCAAAUGUGAAGCAAAUGUUGGAGGUAUGGUUCACUAAUAUUAAGAGAGUGGGCAUAUCCAAUUAUCUGGUUGUUGCUUUGGAUGAAGAAGUUGCAAAGUACUGUGAAUCAAAAGAUGUUCCAGUUUAUAAGAGAGACCCCGAUAAAGUCAUUGAUUCAGUUGCGAGGACUGGAGGGAACCAUGCUGUCUCUGGGUUGAAAUUUCGUAUUUUGAGGGAGUUUUUGCAGCUGGGAUAUAGUGUUCUUUUGUCAGAUGUUGAUAUUGUGUACUUGCAAAACCCUUUUUUUUAUCUGUACCGUGAUUCAGAUGUAGAGUCGAUGACUGAUGGUCAUGACAAUAGGACUGCUUAUGGCUAUAACGACGUCUUUGAUGAGCCAGGAAUGGGCUGGGCUCGAUAUGCACAUACAAUGCGUAUGUGGGUUUAUAACUCUGGUUUCUUCUACAUUAGACCGACAAUUCCUUCAUUUGAGCUGUUGGAUCGUGUGGCCAAUCGACUGUCCAGGGAGCAGGCUUGGGACCAGGCAGUUUUCAAUGAGGAACUCUUCUUCCCUUCUCAUCCUGGGUAUGAGGGGCUUCAUGCUUCCAGGAGAACUAUGGAUUUCUAUCUUUUCAUGAAUAGCAAGGUCCUCUUCAAAACUGUGAGGAAAGACGCUAAUCUGAGCAAGUUGAAGCCGGUAAUCGUUCAUGUUAAUUACCAUCCUGAUAAGCUUCCUAGAAUGUUAGCAAUUGUGGAAUUUUAUGUCAACAGGAAGCAGGAUGCUCUGAAACCUUUUCCUGAUGGUUCAGAUUGGUAA